CUUUUCGACGCGCACUGCACCUGUGGCGUUUCUUGACUCGCGCCGGCUCGCUCCAGACGCCUCACUAUUCGUCGGUGCUUGGUGAUAAGCUUGCCGUCCAAUGCCUGAGCUGACGAGCCCUAGCCUCGAGGCCGCCGAUCCUCAGUGCGAAUUCGAUCAGCCGCGCGGGAGUGCUUUUUAUCUCCCGCCCGCGAGAGUAUGGACAUACAACAUUGAGCGCACUCGUUCCCCAUCAGACGCCGUCAGACCUCUAUCAUGCUCUUCGUGAGUGGUCAUCAUCCCCCCUAACUGGAAAGCAGUAGCCACGACACGGAGCAUCGACUGGUCUUCCGGAGUGAGGAUGUUGCCUUUGGUGGUGGAGGCCUGGGUUUGGUAUGGAGUCGUUGUAGUGGUUGCGCUGGCCCGCUUCGUAUCCCGCGGGCUGCUUUUCGGCACGAUCACGAAACUCCAAAUCGAUGACUGGAUUAUGGCGUUUACAUUAUGUUUAUACACUGUGCUCGUUGUUUGCAUCAACAUCGUCGCUCAUGCGAACUCCAAUCUUCUCCCACCGGGGUUUGAUGUGAAUCAUCUUACUGCACAAGAUAUCAGAGACCGUGAGUACGGGAGUAAGAUGAUUUUGGUAGUCGAGCAAUGCCAAUGUUCUAUUAUCUGGCUCUCAAAGGCGUGCUUACUGAUAAUGUACUAUCGCCUUACAUAUAAUCUUAAAGAGAACAUCGUUAUCAAGAUACUAGUAGUAUAUGUGGCGGCUAGUUUCUUGAUUAUGGAAAUAUGCUACCUGGCGGUUUGGUGCAGGCCAUUCAGUAAUUAUUGGGCGGUACCCACGCCAAAUAUCCAGUGCAGCGCAGCAACCCAUCACCUCAUCAUGAAUGCUGUCUUCAACAUCUCUUCCGACCUCUUGAUGCUCGUCGUAGCUCUCCAAAUGCUCAUCCGAAGUCGGCUUCCCCUCCGUCGGAAAAUUGUUCUAUCGGGUAUCUUCGGACUCGGAAUAUUUGUUAUACUAGCUGCUGUUUUGAACAAGUAUUACUCCUUCACCCAGCCUUUUGGGGGGGAAUGGACCUAUUGGUACGUCCGCGAGUCAUCAACCGCUCUCCUGGUAGCAAAUCUGCCGUUCUGCUGGACAUUGCUUCGCCGUCUGUUUAAUUUGCGUGCCUUUGAUAGCGGUGGCGCUACUCGCUCUCAGCGGACUGCAACAACGAGAGCGACAGGCCGGGUGGCUGAUAUCGAUCGAAUGAGCCGGAUUAGCGAAGGAAGUGUUGGAGGUGCGAAUUCCGCUACUCUCACACAGGACACCGACAACAGCCUCCAGCCGUUAAAUGCUUGAAAAAGCGUUGACUGCAUGACUAUAGAAAUAGAGAAGGCACAUAGGAAGAUAGAGGUGAAGGUACAAGCUAGCAGCAGUCCAGAGACUACGUAGCUUGAAAUAACUACGCUAGAGAGAGAAUACAGCUGCGAUGACCGGCACGAACUGGGAAUAUAGGCGAUUCAUUUCCUUAGGAUACCCCAAGCUUAAAGCUAAUUGUAUGUAUUUCUAGCCUCAUAUACAGCUCGAGCUUUAUCUUAGAAUCGUAUUUGUUGGUU